AUUUUAUUUUUUUCAAAGAACCUUUUUAAUAUUUCUAAUAUCACAGGAUUCUUGGAUUUUACCCUUUUAAUUAAUUACAUCCUCCUUCUUGAACUUGUAGUUUAAUGCACGUGUCACGAAUCCUGAAAAUAGAAUUUUUAGCUAAUUGCAAGAGGCGGAAGAAGGAGCUAAUUAAGGCCGUUUGAUUCUUGCUUGAUUUCGGAUCCCUGACGUUGUAUUUAUUAAAAUUAAUAAAGUCAUUUAAAACUAGUGAAUUAAAGUGGGAAAAUGAUUGAUAAUAAAACUUGAUAGUGUUUGGAAUUGAUUGAAAAAGUGAAAAAUAGAGUGUUUGGUGCUUGAAAUUUUUAACUAGAAAAUUACAAUACUAAUAAUUUUCAUUAUUAAAUUUCCCUUUUCCUUUUCUAAUUGUUUUGGAGGUUUCUAAAUGUUAAUUUUUGCUCUAAAAAUAUCAAGAAUGAUAGUAGAAGCACAAGGGAAGGUCUUAGGGGAGAGUCUUCAGAAACUAUCCCGUUCAAUAUUCCAAACAUAUUUUUAGCCAAGUCUAGAAGUCCUCUCAUGACCAUAGGAUUAUUUUAAUUAGUAUAAAUAGACCAUAAUACUUAAGUUGCCGUGUGCUCUUUUUUUUUCCCAAUAUAAAUUAGCUGAUUAAUUUGGUUAUUAGUUUUACAUCAAUAAAUAAAUAUUCAGUCAAUUUUACAAAAAAUCCUAAUUGAAUACUAAUAAUUUCAGCUCAAAUAGGGUACAGCCAGGCUUUAAUCAAUUACGGUACAAGCGUGAUAUACUCGUCAUAAAAUUAGUAUACAUGUCAAUUAUAUUAUACUUGUUACGGGAUGGAUUGGAUUCAAUUAAAUUUAAUUUGAAUAAUUUUUUUCCCCUGAAUAUUGAAUUAUUUCUUGGAUUCGGAUAAUUCUAUGCACUAAGGUAGAGGGUUUGAUUUGUCAUUUGAUUCACUAAACAUGCGUGGAGACGUCCGUCCAUCUAUAGUCACUUUAGUUACGUCUAAAUGUCCUACAUGCAUUCCCAUGUCGCAAUCCAAGAAAAUAUUGCCAACACCAGCGGAGAAUAUGAUGAUCAUGUCUCAUGACAAGAGAAGUUUUAAUACAGAAUAUGAUAAAUGCAAUAAUUAACUUACAUUAGUCAAAUCAAAUAUUCACAAUGAUUUUCCCUGCAAGAUAUCACAUAAAUAUUAGUAUGUCUGCACUAAUAUGAAGCAAUUUCAAGUAAAGAUUUAAUUUGACGUGUUUAAUGCAACAGGAUUUGCGAUAGAAACGCAGUUUGUUUUCGGGGGCAAAGAUUGUCUUAAUGUCUGCAGUCAUGUCUGAGACUUCUGAAUCACAGAUUCAUUCAGUCAGGUUUGUUCAUACAGUGUCUGGAGCAGGGCGGCUCCUCCCUUCAGCUAGUCGUUGGAACUCGAUCGAGCUCGACUUCAAUCUCCUCCCUCAAGCCUCCAAUGGUUACGAUUCACUCCCCUCUCGGUUCUCCAAGUCCAUCGACUUUAAUCUAACGAUAUCGGACAAAGCAUGCUUCAAACGUUGCGUUUACGUGUCAAUUCUCGUAGUUGUUUUUGUUCUGGUGUUGGUUGUGCUGGUGCAUUUUCUGACACACAAGAAACAAAGUGAUGGAGAUUCCAAGGAUCUAAGACUUGCUUUGAGUCAAGCUCUCCUCUUCUUUGAUGCACAGAAGUCAGGACAUCUUCGGCAGAAUAGCACCAUAAACUUUCAUGGAAAUUCAGGUUUAAAUGAUGGGAAAGAUGGGAAUACUAAUGCAGAUCUUGUGGGAGGAUUUUAUGAUUCAGGGAAUAAUAUAAAGUUCAGCUUCUCUACAGCUUAUACAGUCACUCUUCUGAGCUGGACAGUGGUUGAAUAUCAGCAGAAAUAUGCUGACAUUGGAGAGCUCGAUCAUGUUAAGGACAUAAUCAAGUGGGGCAGUGAUUAUUUGCUCAAACUUUUUAUUCCUCCAAAUUCAGGCUCAGAUUCAGCCCUUCUGUAUUCUCAGGUAGGUGGAAGUGGAAAUGGAACGAAUCAAGAAAAUGACCUCAGCUGUUGGCAAAGACCGGAGGACAUGAGCUAUCCCAGGCCUGUUUCAGUUUGUGAUGAUACAGCAGCAGACUUAGCAGGAGAAAUCGUUGCAGGAAUGUCGGCUGCUUCAAUAGUUUUCUCAGGAAACAAAGAGUAUUCAAGAAAAUUAGUCCAAACAGCCGAAGAGCUGUUCAAUUUAGCAACUAGGCAGGAUCCCUAUCACGUACCGGGAAUCUACACUGAGAAUGAUGCUUGUGGAGGUCAAGCACGAGACUUCUACAAGUCAUCUAGUUAUAUCGAUGAAUUGGUCUGGGGAGGCACGUGGUUAUUUUUCGCAACAGGGAAUAGUACGUAUCUCAAGUAUGCAACCGAUAAUUUUGCUGCAGCAGAGGAGGAAGAACUGCAAUCUGAAAAAUGGAUCUUCUAUUGGAACAACAAGUUGACAGCCAAUGCUAUUUUGCUGACAAGAAUCAGAUACUUCAGUGAUCUCGGCUAUCCAUAUGAAGAUGCUUUGUCCACAAACAGAACUGACUUGCUCAUGUGUUCGUAUGUGUCUAAACACAAAUUGACUGUGACCAAUGGUGGACUGGUUCUCCUAAAACCAAAUGCUGGUGCACCACUCCAGUAUGCUGCAACGGCAUCGUUUCUCAGCAAAUUGUACAGUGACUAUCUUCAAAUGUUAAGCAGAACCAGUGGUAGUUGCAAUUCUGCUGUCUUCUCUGUUGAAACAUUGCAAGCUUUUGCUAUGUCACAGGUCUAUUACAUACUCGGGGACAAUCCUAUGAAGAUAAGCUACAUGGUAGGAAAUGGUGACCACUACCCGACUCAUGUUCACCACCGGGGCGCAUCGAUCCCAUGGGACGGGAAACAACACUCGUGUUAUGAAGGGAGUGCAUAUCUGAAUUCAAAAGGCGAAAAUCCAAAUAAACUUGUGGGGGCCAUGGUGGGAGGACCUGACAAUAACGACAUUUUCUUGGAUGAUAGAAACAAACCGUUGUUCACAGAGCCGAGUAUCUCAAGCAAUGCUGGUUUGGUGGCGGCCCUCAUCGCACUUCUUGAUCCUCCCAACAAUUCUGCUGAUUCUGAUGGUACCCAUUUAGGCAUAGACAAAAUGGGCAUCUUCAAGAAUGUCCAUUUAACAUCAAGUCCUUAGCUUUUCAGCCAGAGUCUUAGUUGU